AUGGCGCAAAACUAUUCUUUCAAGUACUUUACCGUCCAAUUCCCCGCUGAGAACCCAUAUGUCGCUCAUGUGGAGAUUAACCGGGCGGAGAAGAUGAACGCCUUCUUCGAAGCGAAUGCAUCACUGACAUCGUCGUGGGUGACUAGUAUGUGGUUGGAAAUGCGUCAAGUCUUCACCCAACUCUCAGAAGACCCGUCCGUCCGGGCCAUCGUCCUCAGUGGAGCUGGUGAAAAGGCAUUCACCACCGGUCUAGACGUCAAGGCCGCCUCGCAGGGUGGCAUCCUCUCGAGCGACUCAAAUCUCGACCCCGCCCGCAAGGCCGUCCACCUGCGCCGUCAUGUCCUCGAGUUCCAGGACUGCAUUAGCGCCGUCGAGCGCUGCGAGAAGCCCGUCAUCGUCGCCAUGCACGGGUUCUCACUCGGCCUGGCCAUCGACCUGUCCACGGCAGCCGAUAUCCGCCUCUGCUCAAAGGAUGUGCGAUUCGCCGUCAAGGAGGUCGACAUCGGUUUGGCAGCGGACAUCGGUACCCUCAGCCGAUUGCCCAAGGUCGUUGGCAACUUCAGCUGGGUGAAGGAGGUAGCCUUGAGCGCGCGUAUUUUCGGGGCGGAGGAAGCUCUCCGCGUGGGUUUCGUGAACUCCGUUCAUGAGAAUCGCGCGGCUACGAUCGCGGCCGCUCUCAAGUUGGCUACGCUGAUUGCAUCGAAGAGUCCUGUGGCUGUUCAGGGUACCAAGGAGAUUCUGAACUGGUCGCGCGAUCACUCCGUCCAGGAUGGUCUGCGGUAUACCGGUGUGUGGAACAGCGCGGCGUUGCAAACGGGGGAUGUCUCUGCUGCUUUGCUGUCGGGACUCCAGAAACGCACCCCUACUUUCGAGAAGCUAUAG